AUGGAAUCAGAAAAGACGCCCGAGAAAGUGCAUGCCGCUUGGAAAGAAGGAUCUUGUCACCCGACCGAGAAAGAGGUAUGCCUCGUUAGCAGCGACGAUGUACGCUUUUACGUGCCCGACUUUCUCCUUCGAGCUCACAGCCGAGUGCUGCGAGACAUGUUUACCGUUCCGCAAGCUCCUUCCGCCGACUCGGGCAGCGAUGGUCCAGCGCCACCCAAAAUCGAAUUGACGGACAAGUUAUGCGAGUCCUCGGUCGCUCUCUCGUUCUUUCUGAGCUUGACCAAAGAGGAUGAAGAACCCGAUGCCAUUUCAAAGUUUAAAGAAUUCGAAGGCAAAAUGGUCGAGACACUCCAUGGAGCCAUCCUUUUGGCGCAAAAGUGGGACUCUACAACGAUCUUGAGGGAUCUUUCUCUGGUGUUGCUCUACUACUCUCGUUACAACUACGAUGAGCCCGGGAUCAAAGCUCUUGAUGUGAUUAUCCUGGCAAGCAAGUAA